AAAGCCCAUGUGGCUAACGCCCAUCCCAUCGCACAAUAUCAACGGCCCACGCUCAAUACUCUUCACUCACCUUAUUUAUAUCAACUUUAACGUGUGUUGUCCAGUAGCGUUGCCUUUCAAUUUCACGCAGAAAAAAAAAUGAAGUAGAAAUAGUAAAGCUUCACUCUUCAUCAAAAAAAAUCCCCGGAAAAUGACGUCAGAUCCCGGUAAACUCUACAGACUUACGGUCAGCAGAACCAAGAAUGCUCGCCGGAGAAGAUUGGAAGUUAGAAGAUUGAAGUGCACGUGUCAGACGAUGAUGAACAUAACUAUCACAAAAAACGGCAGCAACGGUGAUAAAGACCACAGUCUUCUUCAUGGAUCAAAACCAAACAACGGUUUAACGGAAAUAUCGCUUUCACUGUCUUCCUCUUCUUCUUCGUCAAAGCAAUCAUCGUCAGAGAACGACAUCGUUUUAGCCGGUCUUGGAGACAACGAUGAUGUUCAAAUUUUAACGUGUGCGUCGCAUGGGUUACUAUCAGUUAUCGGUAGGAGAAGAGAGAUGGAAGAUGCAGUGAAAGUGGAGUUAGGGUUUAUGGUCAAAGGAGGGGAAAAGUUUAAUUUUUAUGGAGUUUAUGACGGACACGGCGGGUCCAGGGUGGCGGAGGAGUGUAAGGAAAGGUUGCACAAAGUGUUGAUGGAGGAAAUAGUAGAGGCUAAUAAGGAUGGAAGCGGGAUUGAUUGGGGAAGAACGAUGGAGAGAUGUUUUGAGAGGAUGGAUGAAGAGGUAAACAGAGGGAGGUUGGGGGAGGAGAUGGUGGGGUCGACGGCGGUUGUGGCGGUGGUUGGUAACGGAAAGUUAGUAGUGGCGAAUUGUGGGGAUUCUAGAGCUGUCCUAUCAAGGGGUCGUGUUGCUGUGGCCUUGUCUUUUGAUCAUAAGCCUGACAGACCAGAUGAGUUGGAGAGAAUUGAAGCCGCUGGUGGAAGGGUCAUAAACUGGAAUGGACAUCGUGUGCAAGGAGUACUUGCCACCUCAAGGUCCAUAGGCGAUCAAUACCUUAAACCAUUUGUUACAUGGAAGCCAGAAGUAACAGUAAGAGAGCUAACCGAUGGUGAUGAAUUCCUCAUACUAGCUAGUGAUGGCCUGUGGGAUGUCAUAUCGAAUGAAGUAGCAUGUCGAGUGGUGAGGAGAUGUCUGAACGGCCAAAUAAAGAGGAAAUCCCUUGAGAAUGUUGUCGAUGAAAGCCUGGCUGCCGAAGCAGCAGCUGUGUUGGUUGAGCUUGCAAUAGCUCGGGGUAGCAAAGACAACAUUAGUGUGGUAGUGGUGCAGUUAAGAAAGAAAAUCUAGCGCUUCUUUUUUUUCUCUUUAAGAUCACUCUCAAAAGCAACUGAGAGAACAAGAUUUUCAAUUUCUGGAAGUACCAACCAAGGCUUUCGUUUGAGUUGCGGGUCAAGCUAGAAGAUCCAUCCAAAUUAAACUGGAGGAAAAUGAAGUGGUUGGUCGGAGACUUGAAUUAGAUUAGUUAUCAUAAUAUAACAUUUGAUUCAUUUGUCUAUGGUGCUUUUACAUGAACACCAUUCCCCUAAACAUUUCUGUUGUUAUAUAAAAUAUCUGCAUUAAAGCUUUAAUGGUACUAAAAAAUUUAAAGAAAAACUUAUUUACAUGAUUUACUUCAAUUAAUCCAUUUUCAUUCCUAUGUUGC